AUGGCACCUCCAGCGGGGACAACAGGAAGCGAGCUCUCAUGGGGAAGAUGGCUCUACUCCUUUGCGCUAGUAACGUCUCUAUUCUUCACUUGGGGAUUCGCCUAUGGUCUCCUUGACGUUCUUAACGCCCACUUCCAGAAGAUCUUUGGUGUCAACAGGACAGAGAGUACGCUUUUGCAGCUGGCAUACUUUGGCGCCUACCUCGUUUUCGCUCCAAUCGCCGGUGUAUUCAUGAAACACUUCGGAUACAAGAAAGGCAUUCACCUUGGCCUGACGCUCUACUCCCUCGGCGCUAUCUUCUUUUGGCCAUCCGCGGUCUACAAGAAGUAUGGCGGAUUCGUGGGUUGCACCUUCGUCAUCGGCUGUGGCCUAUCUUGUCUCGAGGUGGCCGCCAACUCGUACAUCGCGGUUCUCGGCACGCCGCAAUAUGCUGCCAUGCGCUUGAACUUUAGCCAGGCGUUCCAGGGUCUGGCAUCUUUUGCUGGCCCCCUCAUCGCAUCGAAGUACUUCUUCCGCGGCGCAAACGCGACGUCAUUGGACACUGUACAAUGGGUGUACCUUGCCGUCGCCGGUCUAGGACUCAUUCUCAAUAUCCUUUUCUUCUUCUGCUACCUCCCUGAAAUUACAGAGGAGGCCUUGGAGCAUGAGUUGGAAGAGAACGGUGUAACGCCAAAGGCCGAAGAAUCAUUCUGGAAGCAAUAUCGCUGCGUCUUCGGCUUCGUUGCCCAAACAGCCUACGUAGGAGCGCAAGUGGGCGUAGCAUCGUUGGCGGUGAACUAUCUCUCGGAGCAGGGUGUCGGGAUCAGUCAAUCCACAGCGAGUUUGAUGUAUUCUUUCUGCCAACUCGAUUUCACCGUCGGUCGCUUUGUCGGUGUCGUCUUGCUCAAAUGGAUCGAUCCCGCCCUCCUGCUUUCGUUCUACGGCAUCAUGUGUUGCGUUUGGAGCAUCUGCGUCGCCGUCGUACCGGGCUGGGGAGGUGUUGGUACCCUCUACCUACUCUUCUUCUUCGAGAGUAUCUGCUAUCCGACGAUCUUCACGCUUGCUACGAAGAACCUCGGGGUGCACACGAAGCGCGGAUCCGGUCUCAUUGUCAUGGGUGUCGGAGGAGGAGCUUGGUACCCGCCCGCGCAGGCCUCUGUCGCAGACGGUAUUAGCACCGCACGUUCAUACCUCGUGCCGUUGGCAGGCUACGCCGCGAUGUCAAUAUAUGCCAUCGGGAUCACCAUUACACAAGCCGUCAGGAGUCCUACCGGGUUCUACUGGCGCAACGUCGACGAGCUCGCCGUCAACCGCGGCAUCACGCGUUCCAUGUGGCCUGUCGGUCCCGUAGUCGAGGAAGGUGUUGUGGACGGCAAGAGAAGUCCAGGCGUCUCGGACGAGAAGGGCUCAGUGGAGUACCGAGAAAAGGUCGUUGCAUAA